UGAGCUGCAGCGCCGAGCCGAGCGGAGCCGAGUCCGGGCGGAUGGCGGCUGCAAGUCGGCGCGGGACAGAUUCCCGGGGAGUGGCGAGGGCUCCGCGCGCUCCGGGUACCCGGGCGCGUGGUUUCCCGGGGCCCCGCUAGGUGGCGGGGAGACAAGAGACUGCUCCCCGUGCUGGUGUGUUAUUUUUUUCUUUGCAACCUCUUCCUGAGGGAGGAUGAGUCGAGAAGACGUGGCAGGAAUCCUCCUCCCGUCCACUAGCUGCCCUGUCACAGGCAGCGGGAGCAUCUAAAAAAAAUCUCUUGCUCAGCCUUCGGGAAUAUCCCGUCCCAUCCUUUCUCCCAACACCCGUCUCCCUCCCUCCCCCUUUGGUGUGAAGUCGCUGCAGCAGGAGCCCUUGGGAAACACUUUCAGCCUCACUCACUCCGCCCCAGGUCUGCAGCUACGCUCAAUGAUGUAGAGUUUCGGCAAAAAAGUGAGCGAACCUUUCCGAGUCGCAUCGGAUUUUUCUGUUUAUUUUUUGCGCAUUUGGAGAUUUUUGAGGAGGAGUAGAUUUCUGCGAAGCGUUAUGAUUUAAUUUCUACUUCCGAUUCAAUAUGUGGAACGCUGGCGUUGCAUCCUGGCUGUUUUUUACCAAAGUGUUGAAGAAGUUGAGCAAAGGUCACUUGGCAUUGAGUCGGAGCUUGCAGAGACCCUGCCCCAACUCGCUGCUGUUGAGCCAAACGGACGCAGUGGACGUGGCUUCGUACGAAGAGCGAGUGCAGGUGAAGCCGGAACUAAACCUACAGCACCAGGGCAUGGAGAACGAGCUGCCCAUCCUUGGAGACCCCAAGGCCACUUACUGUUUGAAUAACUGCUUAAAGAGCUUCCUCCUGAUCUGCGCCUUGACCAUCGUUUGCUUCACUUCUCUGGCGCUAGUGCGGCGCUACCUGAAGGAUCUGCUGCUGUGGGUGGAGAGCUUGGACAGCUUGGUGGGGGCAUUGCUCUUCGUCGUAGGUUUCAUCGCCGUGUCAUUCCCCUGCAGCUGGGGUUAUAUCGUGCUGAAUGUGGCUGCUGGUUACUUAUAUGGCUUCGUGCUGGGGUUGGGGCUAGUGGUGGUCGGCGUGUUGAUCGGGACGUUCAUCGCUCACCUGAUUUGUAAGCGGCUGCUGACAGCGUGGGUCUCCGCCAAGGUCCGGGCGAACGAUCAACUGAGCGCCGUGGUCAAAGUGGUGGAAGGAGGUAGCGGACUGAAGGUGGUGGCUUUAGCCAGACUCACUCCUAUUCCUUUCGGGCUGCAGAAUGCAGUGUUCUCGGUUACCAAUUUGUCUCUUCCAAACUACCUUGCCGCAUCUUCAGUUGGACUGCUUCCCACUCAGCUUUUGAAUUCUUUAGGAACAACCUUGCGUACAAUGGAAGAUGUCAUUGCUGAACAAAAUGUUAGUGGAUAUUUAAUAUUCAGUCUACAGAUAUGCAUCAGCGUUGGAUUGAUGUUUUAUGUUGUGCACAGAGCACAUACUGAAUUGGAUGCAGCCAUUCUUGCUUGCCAAAUGGAACUGAAGACUUCACUGAUCAAAGGUGGUCACCCAAAUGGAGCCAGCUUGACAUUCUGUAAUAAGAGGACUUCAGCACUGACAAGUGGCGGGAUUAAUAUUGUAUGAAUGAAAAUUGUACACAUCCAUGGAACUGUAAACCUGCCAGUACUAAUUUAGGUUGUUAGAGGCUAAUGCCUAAUUGUUAUACAUUAGUAGGUAUGGCUUCACACAACUGCUUUAAUAGUGAAGAAGGUAAAAGAAUGGUAUUGACACCUAAAAUAGAAAGAUACAAAUUAAAGCCAUACCAUGAUGGAGUAUGGUUGUUGGUGGAAAAAGCAAGGUGAGAGAUCAACUUAAUAAACAAUUAAUAUUAUUAAUAUCUUGAUGACUGAGCCCCAUAUUCUGUUCAACUGAAUCAUUUUUGUUUAUGUGCUGCACAAGAAUGCAGCAUUUAACAACCAGCUUUUGCACCAGAAGGGUGAGGAAAUUUGCCUCUGGUCUCCUGGACUGUUGAUCUUGGAAACCCAUUUCCAAACCAAAAUUGUCCAAAGUGGUGUAUAUUUGGAAGUGCAAUAUUUUGCAAUCUAGUACAGUGUAUCAAGUAAGAUGGUCUCUCAUUGAACAAUAGAAUUUAACCUUGCCACACAAUCAUCUUAGACUGUCCUUUGGGAUCAAGUAUGACUGACUUCACUUUAGUGGGUUCUGAGGCUAAUGUGCUACCUGCAGAUUCUGCCAGAGGUGAGGUAAAAAGUACUAUGUGUGGACAGUUUGGAAGGUGAAACACUCCUGCAAUUUUCCUUGGGCAUCUGUGUGCUCUUGAUGCCAUUCUGAAUGCUGCUCCUCCAUUUUGAGUGAUCAUGGCCAGGGAUUCCAAGAGUUGGUGAGGAUGUUACAUAAAACUCUUCCUCUGUCUGGUUUUCUCUUGCCAUGACAGGGCUCAGAAUACUUUUUGGGAGUCUGGUGUCGAUCAUGUGAAUAAUAUGGCCUGCUCAUUAAAGCAAAACAAGUGUAAUGCUGGGGAUGUUGACCUGGGAGAGGACUGUGAUACUGACUUGCUUACCCUGCCAAUAGAUUUGGAGGAUUUCAUGAAGGCAAUAUUGGUGAUAUCUCUUCAGAGCUCUGUAGGUAGUUCAUGGCUCAGAAAGAUUUAGGAGGGCAGGGAUCACUGCUGCCCAGUACACUAACUCUAAUGCCAUAUUUGAGGUCUUGAUCUUCCUCAUGGCUGAAAGCUAUGCUGGUGCACUAAAGGCCAAGGUGUAUUUCAUCAUUGAUGUCUGCCUUUACUGAGAGGUGACUCUGCGAUGUACGGGAAAUGGUCCAUAUUUUCCAGGGUGGCGAAUCUUUAUUGUCAGAGGACAGAAUAGUACAGGAGGGGCAGGUUGAUAGAGGACCUUUGCUUUAUAGAUGGAAUAGAGGACUUUUGCUUUAUAGAUGGAUGAAUUAAGUUAUCUAUUGUGUUUUGUUUAGCUUUUUAUGUAACUUGAACAUUAUUUCUUUAAAUACUAACCAUUGCCUGUCCAGCAUCAUGUAUUUCAAUGUAUUCUCUCAAUUGCAGCCAACUCUCCUCAUGCCUUGACUGGUGCCUUUGCUUAGAUUUAAGCCUCAGCUUUACAUUGAACUACAUUAUUUUCAAAGUCACUGACAACAUCUGUCGUAUUCUGGUCACUCUUUCCCAAGACCCCCUUUUACAACAAAAUUAUCAAUUAAUACUUUUUCACUCCGCAAGACAAGAUAUAAAGUAACUUUUUCCCUGGUCAUUUUCUCAAUGUGCUGAUCUAGAAAAGCAUUUCAUAUACAUUCCAUGAAUAUGUCUUCCACGUUAUUGCAACAAAUCUGAUUUGGUAUGUUUGCAUAUAAAGUCUCCCCUAAUUACUGCAUUACUUCUGUCACAUGCACCUCUAAUUUCCUGAUUUACGACAUGCCCAAUAUUACAACUACUAUUUGGUAACUCCUACCAAUGUUUUCUGCCUUUUGCUAUUUCUUAGCUUGACCGAAAUUGGUUCUAGUUUACAUCUUGGUCUGUCAAGCCAAGAUCAUUUCUCACCAUUGUGCCAAUCUUCUCCUUUAUUAAUUGUACUUAAUAGUCCCUUAUUAAGGUUAUCUUUUUGUCUGUCAUUUCUAUAUGUCAGGUACCAUGGAAUAUUUAAUUCCUAACUUUGGUCACUCUGCAGCCAAGUUUCCAUAAUGACAAAGAAAUCAUAUACUCUGUUUACUUCUAUUUGUGCCAUUAACUCAUUUAUAUAGUUGCAGCUGCUUCUAGCACUCAGAUAUCAUAUCUUUAAUUUUGUUAUUUUAAAGGCUUUCUCUGCUUCGGCCCUCUGCUGCUUGAAUUUGUUUUUGCUGCCUACUUAUUUUGCUUACUACUUUUCUAACAUCUCCUUCUAGCUUUGCUUCUGUCCUGUCUGAAUUUCCUUUGAGGUUCCUAUCCCCCUGCCAAGCAGAAACUCCAAGUAAUUGGGAAAGCUAACGAUGUUAUCAUCUAUAGCUGGGAGAAUUGAACACAAAAGUAUGGUUCAGUUAUAUAGAGUUUGGUGAGAUCACAACUAGAGUAUUUUUUUUAAAAAGUUCUCAUUUGAGGAAGGAUGGUUAAUGUGCCAGGAGUUUGGAGAAGGUUUUUCUGGACUAGUACCUGGAAUGAAUGGGUUGCCUUGUGAGGAAUAGUUGGACAGAGCAGGCAUGUAUUUGCUGGAAUUUAGAAGAGUGAGAGGAAUCUUGAUAAGAUAGAUAUGGUGAGGUUGUUUGGUCUAGUGGGCUAAUAUAGAUCUGUUGAAGAAUAAUGAGUUGCCCAUUUAAGAUUGGUAGGUGAAAUAUUUUCUGAGGAUCAUGCGUGUUUAGAACUCAUCCUCAAAGGAUGGUGCAAGCUGUGCCUUUAAAUAUUUUUAAGGCAGAAGUAGAUUUAAUAAGCAACAAACUGAAAGGUUACUGUGAGUUGAAAGGAAUGCAGAGUUGAGACUACAAUCGGAUUAGCCAUGAUCUUUAUAAAUUGUGCAGCACAUUUAAUGAGGUCAGCAGCUGACUCCUGUUGCUAAUUCAUCAUUUACAUUACAUACGUAUUUAUCUCUAUGGUUUCUCAAUCAGACUGUGAAAUAAUUUAUUAAGUACCAAUUUCUGGAUCAGGGGUAUUGCUGUAAGGUCUUGUGCUUGUUUCUCUUGGGGAAACUCUGUUGAUCAUAAGACAGUGCUCCAAGAAUUUCCUCAGGAUGAGGACUCUGCUGGAAUUAGUUUUCUCUGCUAUUUUUUCGCACCUUGCCAGAGGAUUACAUAUUUUCUGACCCCAGCUAUGAAGUCGCCUAGGAGGAUCAGCUUGCAGUUGCUGGCCCUGGGUUUCUUUCAGGGUUGUCCUUUCCCUCAUCUGUUGCUUCCAGGGUUGGGCAGGCUCAGGCAAAGAUGGCCUUGUCCAUUACCAGCUCUUCACUUCCUCCUCCACCUGUCCCUUGAGCCUUUUUAUCCUCAGUCCCUGCCAGUCUCUGAAUCUCCUUCCAUUCUGUGUCCCCAAUCCUCCAGCCUCCUCCCUUGCAACCCUUCCACCAAGCCACUUAGCUCCCUCCUUUCUUUAAAUUUGGUAGCCCUCUAUUUCUUUCCUGUAGCCCACCACUCUAGCUGCUUCCCGUGUAUCUUCUCCCGCCGCAUGUCCAAUAGUCCUCUAUCACUUCAGCCCUAUGAAAUAAUCAAAACAUCUUAAGUCUGAAGCAUCCUGCAUUGUUUUGCCCAUCUUUAAAUAUAUUUCUAUAUUGUAUUGCAGUUUUCUAAUUAAGGAGUAGCCCAGAUGACCCAUGGUACUUGCAACAUGCACUUUAGUUAUAUAUAUUUUAAUCUGAUACUAUUUGUAAAAAGUGGCAGCAGAGAGGAUCUCCAAAUAUAAGUUCACAUUGUUAUUCAACUGUUGAAGCAGUUAUUAUUGAAUUAGGUUAAUAUACUAUUUUCUAAAUAAAUUAUUCUGCACAGUAGAGUUAACAUAAUAAUGUAGAGACAUUUAUCUGUUAAUAGUUAUCCAUUUGAACCAGAUAGGAGUGGGAACAUAAUGCACAUGAACAUGCUCCUGUUCAAUAGAGCAUGAAAAUAAAAAUGCAAUCACAAAGUGAUGUAUAUUUUUCUCUACUUUUUCCAAUUUGCACGGGUUCAAGGUGUACAUUGCAUUUACAAAAGUAUGUGUGUGUGUGUAUGUGUGAGUGAGCAGGCGCAUGCUCUUGAAGCUUACCUGAAACUAAUGAAUUGCAUAUGUUGACUUCCUAAAGCUUUUUGUUACUGUACUAUGUGAACAUUUUGGUAGUGAGGGGUGCUCAGUUUAUCAAAAUUUUGAUGUAUUAAUCUCUAUAUCUUGCAAACUAUAAUCCCCCUUCUUAUGGAAGAGGUCUGCCACAAUCUCAAUGGUAUGUCCACUUCUGCAAGGGUGCUUGGGUAAUUUUGCCUGCAUUUGAAAUUUGUUGUUUGAAUAAUGAUAUAUUAAAACUAGAUUCUUUAAAUAAAAUCUUCACACAGGUAGACAAAUGCAAUGAAACAAAAACACUUUGCUGUUCCAUAAGGAGCUAGUUAUUUGACUGGCCAAUUAUUUUGCUCAAUGGGAUUUUUAAAUAUCGUGUGACAGAUAUGAAGUUUUGUUUAAAUUGACGAGAUCAGAAAUAUUUCAUGUUAUUUUAAUGUCCCAUGUGAGAUAAAAUACUUUGGUUCAUUUUAUUUUCAGCAUCAUUUAUUACACUAUUACUUUAUACAGCAAAUUUAAUACCAAGUAUGUUUAUUAAUGCCAUAAUAAAUAGCAGAGAUGCUACAAAUUUUCUGAACAAAUACUUUGAAUUUUUUUGCUUGUUGCUCUGUGCCAGGCUGUUGUUUUUCCUUGGUGGUAAUCUGAUAAACACUUUAUUUACAGUUCAUAAUAAUUUUUAUAUGUUGAAGCAUAAUUGCAAGUUACAACUGCCAUUUGUACUCUUGUUUUUAUAACUUGGAUGCAUAAUAGAUACUGGAAUUAAUAUGCAUGCAAUUCUGGCUCAUAUCAAGUGCAUAUGAAUUGCUUUUCAUUUGACAUAUACUGCACAUUAUGCUUUGAAUUGUAUGGCUAUUGAGCUAUUCAUAUUUUUUCCAAAAUUUCUCAGGAUCGUGGAGCAAAAUUGAACAGCGGUAGUGAAUGCUUGAAGUAAUGGUGUAGUCGUGAAAAUAUAUUUUAGAAAUAGUUUGAAUCCUGUUAGAAUGGACAUGCUGGGUUGAUGUAAUUCUGAUCUGAGCUGUUGAGGAUAGAAGGGAGUAAAGCAUAUCUGUUUAUGCUUUGUAAAUUGGGGAAGUAGAUGAAAACCAGUUAUAUAAAUUUGAAAACCAUGUAUCAUGUGUGUGCUUUUCCAAAAUGCUGUUUAAAAUCCUAUUAUACUUUGCAUCUGAACCAGGUCACCACCAAGCUAAUCAAUGAAAUAUAUCCCCUCUCUAAAGAGUGUUUAGUUUUAUUAAAUUUGAGAAAAGCACACUAUAAAGAAAUAUAUUUUUACCUUGUUUCCUGCUUGCCUCUAUCAGUGAAACGGGUAUGGAUCCAAUAGAACUUAGAACGUGAAACUUUGAUUACUUGAUAUUUUUUUAUUGUAAAUAAAAGUAAAUUAUAGCUGUGACUUCUCUCAAUAAACAAAAGUUGAACUGAUGCAAAAAGUUAUGUAACUUACUUUUGAGUGGCAAACUCACUGAUGGACAAUUUGAUUGAUGUAGGUAAAUUGAAUCACCAUUUAUAUUUGUUGAAAAAGUAUUAAGGCUUUAAAAUUAGAAUUCUGCUUGUUAAUGCCUUCAUAUAAUGGCACAAGGCAAUAAAGUAUAAUCAGUGACAUGUAAUGUAUGCAGUAUAUUGAGUUUUCUAGUAAUCAACUGCAGACAAUUGCUUGAUAAAUUUGCAGAAGUGUCAUCGUAGUUGUUUUGUGUGAAUAACUUGCAUCAAGAUUCUGAUACUCAUGCCAAAAUGGAAACUCUAGAAAAAAAAGCCUAUAGAAAUUUAAGCUGCAUUAUAUAUUCUAAAUAGUGGUUCUAAUUCUAUAACAUCUCUCAAAUGACUGUGUUUAAAUACUCCCCUUACUGUUAUGACUUAUCCUUUGUGCUCAGUGGAUUUAAGAUCUGUUCCAGAGAUAGAAGCUCAAAAAUCUAGGCUGAAAAUCAAGUAUGGUACUUAGAGAUGCCACCUUUUGAAUAAACCAAGGUCUCAAUAAACCAAAAAAUGACCCUAGACAUUAUCACAUUGCUGUUUGUGGGAGCUCUACGUAACACAUUGAGUGUUUUGCUUCCUUUAUUACAAUAGUGGGCAUCUUUCAAAAAGUGCUUCAAUGACUGUAAAGAACUUUGGCAUGUCCUGAGAUUUUGAAAGGCAUUGUAUAAAUGCAAGUCUUCUCUUUCCUCCCUACCUCUUUCCACACCUCACCCCAAACCAACCCCGUUGUAACAUUGUUCUUGGUGUUUAGAAGUUUGUGUGCAAACAGUGCAUUACUAUACACUACAAUUGAAACUAUUGUUUACUAUGAAGUGCAUUUUUCAACUGUAUUGAUGUCAGAAUAAAAAAAUGUACUAUAACUGUUUUAAUAAAUGACUUGAAAGUGA